AGCAGUGUACGCAGGAAGUUAAUUCAAGUCAGCCGAACAAGUAGGCUGUAAUACGUUAAUAUAUCGAGCGUUUUGGUCUGUAAACGGUUCAUAUCGUUUAAAAUUGCAGUAUAUUGUUUAUUCAACAUGCUGAUCAAAGUAAAGACUCUCACUGGAAAAGAAAUCGAGAUCGACAUUGAGCCCACAGAUAAGGUGGAGAGAAUUAAAGAAAGGGUGGAAGAGAAGGAAGGGAUCCCCCCACAGCAACAGAGACUGAUCUACAGUGGAAAACAGAUGAAUGAUGAGAAGACAGCUGCAGACUAUAAGAUCCAGGGAGGCUCAGUGCUCCAUCUUGUGUUGGCGCUAAGAGGCGGAUAAAAGCUCCACAGGCCCUGCACGCAUCUCCAUGUAUGAGUCGCUGUUCUGAUGGGGCCAACUGAGUGCCAACGCUUUAGGUCUCUGUCACAGUUUAAUCAUGUUACAGCACAGAAAUCUGAAAUCCCCCGUUCUCGGGUCGACGCAAACAAACAAAAAAAAAGAACCAACAGGAAAAAAAGGACAUUUUCCUUUGUAGAUGUUUUUUGUAAACCCACAUUGGCUUUGAGUUUGACCAGGCACCCGUACCUUACUGAAGACAGUUUGAGGACACAGUGGUCUAUUUGCUUGUGAAUAAAUGCUGAAAUUGAUGUAAGUGUUGUCCU